AUGGCCCCUCCGCGAUCCAGCGCGGGUGGCAGCCGGCGGCAUCGCAGUACGUUAUCUAUGCAGAAGACAGAAAUCCUCAUCAAUGUCUACGAUCUGCUGCCGCCUGGACGACUUUCUUCUAUCCUAUGGACCGUCGGAGCCGGCCUCCUCCAUUCUGCCGUCGUCAUCAAUGGGAAAGAGUAUGCCUAUGGCGGGCAUGACCAUAAGAAUUUAACCGGCGUUUAUUGGACCAGACCCAAGACUGAGCCUCCGGGAGGUACCUUCAGAUGUGAAAUCCUUCACGGAUUUACCCUAGCAAGCGACGAAGAGAUCGAAAACGUGAUUCGAGAAGCAUCGGAAGAGUUUCAAGGAACGGCAUACAACCUUCUCACGCGGAACUGCAACCACUUUACAUCAUACCUGUGCCAGAAGCUCACAGGAACACCUGGUCCUGCAUGGCUGAACCGCGCAGCAGCCAUUGGUGUUGCAUUUCCGUGUGUCGUGCCGCAAGAAUGGAUCGAGCCGCCCGACUAUGACACCGCUGAGGGCGCUCUUCUGGGAGAGGAGUCUGUGGAUGAGCGCGCGCGUAUGCUUGGGAGAUCACAAGACGCUCCACAUAUUCUGGGUACUGGAUCACGCAGCAAUGAAGAAUGGGCUGGCGACAGUCAUGGUAGUGGAAGCAAGGGUAAGAGACAGUAUAGCGUGAGCCAGACCUCUCUGGGAUAA